CCACCACCAUGGACGCCGACGACGACCUCUCCGGCAACGGCGCCGCACUCGUCGCACAGGGCGCGGCGAGCGAGAAGACGGCGCACCUGCGUGCCGACCUGCACCCGGCCGCGCCGCUGCCGCGCCAGGAGCUGGCGGCGCUCGGUGCGGCGCUGCAGGCGCACCUCGACGAUGCUGUGCGGGCCCUCGGCUACCUGUGGCACCGCGAGCGGCCGCGCAUCCGCGUCGCCGCCGACGGCGCUGCGCUGCGCCUCUUCCUGCGCACCGGCGCCAGCCUCGACGACGAGUGGCUCGUGCUGCACCUGCUGCGCCGCGCCCAGGCGCAGCCGCGCUUCGCCGGCCUCGCCGCCGCCGUGCGCGACGAGGACGGCGACGUGCUGCUCAUCGAGGCCGCCGACGCGCUGCCCGAGUGGCUCACGCCCGAGUGCGCCGCCGGCCGCUGCUGGCUGUGGCAGGGCGCCGUGCACCUCGUCGCGCCGGCCGCCGGUGCGGCGCCCGCGCCGCUGUCCGCCGCCGAGGCGCUGCCCGUCGUGCGCUCCGGCGCCGCGCUGCACCCGGCCAUCACCGCGGCGGCGUUUGCGCGCCUCGCCUCCUACCCGUCGCUCGAGUGGGCCAAGCUCUCGCUGCACUCGACGCUCGCCUAUCUGCCGCGCCGCGCCGCCGCGCUGCUGCACGCCGAGCCGCAGCUCAUCAGCGCUGCCGCCGAGGCGCUCGAGGGCCGCGAGGGCCCGCGCGAUGCGCGCGUGUGCGCCGCCAUGGCCGUCUUCGGCCCGGGCGCCGCAGCUGGAGCAGUCUCGUCGCCUGCAGCUGCGUCGCCACACCCGCCGCAGCUCGGCACGGCGCUGCGCGACGGCACGGUGCUGACGCCGCUGCGUAUGACGCGCCAGAUGUACGCGGCGCUCCUCACGCAGCGCUUCUUCCCGCCAAAGCCCUUCGGCGCCGAGUGGCGCUCCGCCGUCGAGCUCUGGUGGGCACUGUGCGACGAGGAGCGCCACCCGGACGCAGAGGGCCGCCGCAGCGUGCUGCCGAGCGACGAGGAGGCGCGCACCAAGAUCAGAGAGGAGGGUCGCCGGCGAGACCUGGGCGCCAAGCUCGCCGCUGGUCUUGAGAUGCUCUACGCGCAGGCGAAGGAGCGCGGGCCGCGCAAUCGCCACAUGGCCGACGACCCGCGCAGCCUGCCGGAGUACAAGAGCUUCCUUGCCUCGCUCACCACGCUGGGCUACUUCGAGCAGCAGCUCGAGGGCAGCGCGCGCUGGCAGGAGCUGGAGCGCGCCGCGGUGGAGAAGUGGGUGGCGCUGCAGCCCGAGGGUGACGACGCGGAGGACGAGGGCCAUGUCAACGACGAUGCAUUUGCGCUGGUCAAGCGCUUGCUCGCAGAGACUUCGGAGCAGGCAGCCACGCUGCAGGGCAUCGACCCGUCCUCCUCGCGCGCCGUACUCAGCGCUUACGAGGACCCCGACGGCUUCCUCGAUGACGAGCCAGACGGGCUGGCGGAGCAGGAUGGAGAGCAGGAGAACCCCGAGGAGGCGGCAGCCGAAGAGCAGCUCAAGGCUUUUGCCGAGCGCCUCGAGUCGUUCGUCGACGCUGACGGCGACGUGGACGGCGCGCUCUUCGACGACGAGAUGGGCAGCGACGAUGAGGAGGAUGCGCUGGCGCAGGCCAAGGCUCGCGUCGCGGGCAUGUCGGCCGUCGAGCGAGAGGAGGCAUCGCGGAAGCUCGUGCCCGCGCUGCAGGAGAACGAGUGGGGCGCGCGCAACAACGAGGAUGUCAAGCGCGCUGCACAAGAGGCACGCAAGGCCGCAGACGCGAUGAACGUGGAUGAUCAGCGUGCGGCGCCGCACGCGCCGGCUCCGGUGAAUGACCCAUCAGCACAGGCGAGCAGCGCGCCAGCGCAGGCGACCAGUGCCUCUGCACAGGCACCCAUGGAGACAUACGAGCCGCCCGAGGACCUCUCGCUGCCCGAGGCGAAUGCCGCCGCGCAAAAGGCUGCUCGCGCGGCAAUGGAGAAGGCCUCGUCGCGCCUCACUGCCACCAAGGUGCGGUACGAUGGCGCGUCAGACUCGGAGGAGAGCGUCGACUCGGAGAUCCUGCGUGCCGGCGAGACCGCCGAGGAGCGGCGCGAGCGCGCGCGCUGGCUCGACAUGGAAGAAGAGGAGCAGGACGACAAGGAAGGCGAUGACGAGGAGCUGGGUGACCCGAACAUGGAGGACGAGCUGGCCGGCUUCCUCGAGUUCACGCGCAAGAGCCUCGGCCUGUCCGACGAGCAGUACGAGGCGAUUCUCAGCGAGCGGCGCGGCAGAGGCGCCUUCGUGCCCAACGCGUCUACAUCGUCUCAAAAGGCUGCCAGCAACACGCCUGCUGCGGACACUACGGACGAGGCGACGCUGAAGGGCAAGAAGAAGGCGCCCACACGAUUCGACCUGCACGAUCCGGCGGUCAUGGAGUCUCUGCCGGCCUCGCGUGUUGCCAAGCGCGCUGCGGGCUCGCCCGCACCCUCGCAGCCGACGCCGGCGCCCGGUGAGCGCGGCGGCACGCCCAAGCCACUGCCAGCCAGCGCCGCUGCCGCAAGCAGCAAGAGCAAGCUCACCAGCUCGAGUGCACCGCGCACCUCGGCGUCAGAGCGCGCUGCGGCGGGUGCGCGUGCUGAGGCGGUGGCGCAGGAGGCCGAGCGGCGUGCGGCGCUGCGCCAGAGCAGCGAGGCGUCGGGCCGCGCUCCCAACGCCGAGCUCAACAGCUUCGAGAAGGUCAUGGCCGCGCUCGACGCCGAGCUGGCCAACCACAAGCUCGGUGCACGCCCGUCUGCGCCUUCCGCCGGCGCAGCAGCCAGCUGGGCCGGGCCGCAGGCGAAGCCCACGCUGCCGCCGCCACCCGCGCCGCAGCCACCACGGCGAGCGCGCUUCGAGGACGAUGACGGCGACGCACGCAUGGGCGGCAGCGACGACGAGGAGAGCGACGACGAGGAGCUCUCCGCGCAGGAUGCCGAGCUGCUGGCGAAGCUCUCGGGCUCGGGCCUGCCCGCAAGCCUGCAGGCGCUGAGCGGCGAGGGCGGCGAGCAGGCGCAGAGGGAGAUGCUGCAGAACCUGCUCAUGAGCUUCAAGGGCCAGGGCGCGGCGCCGGGCCCCGUGGGCAACCUGGCGGGCCGCCUCGGCACGCGGCUGCCGAGCGAUCUGGACCGGUGAGCCAAAUGCCAUACCAUUACAGUGCGACUGCCGGUCACUUGUCCCACACCUGCACGCUCCAGACGAGGAAGAAUGUGUCCUCUCGCCGAAAG